AGUUUUGGUCCCAGAAUCUUCAGCCACGCUUGACGCCCAUUCUCGAGAUGGCAGUCAACCUGGCCAGCUAUCUUCGGCAGUUCGGGGAGAGCCUUGGACCAGCGGAGCAUGUCAUCAAGAGAGGAGAUGCAGUUCUGCAGAGCUUGCUGGAGUGCAUCCUGCAGAAAGCCAAGACGAAGGUGGCCCGGGUUUUGAAGGCGGGGUCUGUGGGCAAAGGGACAUCUCUUCACCUCAAGAUCGACUUCGACUGCGUUUUCUUCCUGGAGCCCGGCGGUAUUCCGGACAGAUUCCUGGAAGACAUGGAGGACAUCUUGACGCUGAACUUUGGCAUCGCCGCGGAGAAGAAGCAGAAAUCCCUGAGCUUCUCCCACAAGGGCUUCUACUUUGAUUUCCUCCCGGCUGUGCAGAGUGCACAAGCGGCUGUGAAGGGUGCAAGUGGAGAAGUUCAGGUAAGAGCAGCGCUGCAGUCUGGGCAAAAGCCAGGCUCGGCAGAGCUAGUGGAGGGAACGGUUCUCUUUAUGAAGGAGCAGUCAGGCUUUGUCCACACGCUGGCACGACUGAUGAAGUUUUGGUCCCACUCACUUCUUGUGCCAGGCUUCUUCAACGGGCGCUCGUACACCAUGGAGCUCCUCGCUGUUGCAGCCUCCCAGGACAUGAUGGAUGAAGACAUGCUCCGAGGUUUCCGCAUGGCGCUGGACAAAGUCCGGAACUUCCGGAAUUUGAACGUCAUCUUCGAGCGCUUCUACACCAAGCAAGACGUAGGUCUGAAAGACUCUCGGCCCCUACUACUCGACCCCAGCAACCCUUGGAAUAACCUCCUCUCGCCAGAUCGCCUGAUUUUCUUCGAGAAGCUUGCAGCCUUUGCGGACGAGACGCUUCGAAGGUUGGAUGUUGCCCAUCGGACCGCAGUCGGUCUAGAUGUGCUUUUCAAGCCGCAGCCCGACGUGUGGUUCGGUCUGCCACAAAGGCCUCAAGACUGCAGCUGGCUCGUAGGAACGCAAGUCACGCCAGAGGUACAGCAGCCAAUUGUCCGCAUUCAAUCCCAGGGGCUUCAUGUGGAGUCUCUGCAACUGAUCGCUCAUGUGCUGGCGUUGUGGUUGGCGACUCACAAACCGCAGCCUGAUCAAGUCCGAAGGAGCGUGGAGAAGGCUGUGGACACGGUGCUGGUUGCAUUGCAGGACUUCGCUGACCUUUUUGACCUUUUGCCCCUUUUGGAGUUCCGUCGUUUUCCGUUUGACAGCGGCAAACAUCACUUUCUUACAGGGGGUCCACUCGUUUGGCCAAGGUUGGGAAGGAGCAGACCUGGACAGCAAGCGACAAGUCCUUUGAAUCCAAACAUGCCGUGGCCGUGGUUCCUCUGAUGGAUGGCGCAGAUACCUGUGCUUUGGCUGGCUUCAAUGUUGAGACGAAUCCGCAUGGCGUGAAGGAGGACACAUCAUUGGCCUCGAUCUGGCCAUGAACAUCUACAGUGGAAGCUGACUUGAAGAGGACAGAAUGAUCCUUUUUUAAGCCGGUCUUACAUGGCUGUGGGUCAAAGCCAAUGGUAC